AACCCGCAGGCGCUGCUUCAUCAAUCUGCACGCUGUCGACACAAAGACAAGCUCGGAGGUGCCAAGUCUACAGCCCCUUGAUUGAAGCUUGCGUAUCGUCAGCGCACCUUGCAUUGCCAGAGUCACCCCAGAUAACACGUGCUUCUCGUCGCCAACGCAACAACAACAUCCAUUCACACCAUAUUCCCUUGGGCAAUGCACAACAUGUCUUUAGCGGCGGCCGUUCCUAGCGCUCAGAUGUCGGGCUUGUCCGUCGCGGACCAGACCGGACCAACCCGGCCCACUUCGUCCGAACGCGUAGCCACCGCACUCUCCAGCGAAGCUGCUCAGAAAGAGGAGGAGCGCAAGCAGCGGCGCAAGGUCUACACCAACCCAGCACAUGCGGCCUCACUUGUCAACCCCCACAAAGAGCGCGACGAAGUGGUCGCUGUGUCCAUACAAGCAGCCGGCGAGGCAGUAUUCGAAGCUGGGCAUCAUGCAUUCGACAUACCUGAGGGGAGGAGAGAGUGUGUGGUCAUUGGCGACUCGCCCUCGUCGUCUCAUCCAGCGUCGGCCGCUCAAUCGCCGCCUACCGGGCCGAGCGCAGAUGUACAUACGAUGGGAAGGCAGACUUCCGGCGCCGGCAGCGUGUCCGAUGGCAGCGCCAGCUCCCCCGGCUCGAACGCUGUCAGCCCUGUACCAUCCGGCAUAUUUGGAAGGAUCGGUUAUGCAGUCGGGAUGGACCGACGCGGAUCGUCCACAUCCGCGCAGGGCCCCGGCGCAAGUGGUCUCUCCGGACCUCGCGGUGUUGAUGCGACGCACCAGGUUGCAGCUGCUAACAACAGCGGAAACGACGCGCCCAAUGCGACCAACACGCCGCCGCAGUUUGUUUUCCCCAAGCUGGGCAGCAGGCGGAAUACGCAGGCGGACAUCCACGACGCGCACAACGGCAAGGGCUCCGUCGCUAAUCCACGGAAAAGCAGUGUCGCGGCGAGCGAGAACAACAGCCCGCACGAAUCGGGAGCGAACACGCCAGGCAACAGGUCAAUUCACAGCAGCAGUAAGAAAAAGGACAAGGAGCAUGCAGGUGGAACACACAUUGUCCAUGAUCUACGGAGGUUCCUGCACCACCACAUCGGUCAUCACAGCAGCGCGGACAAGGUGCACUCCAAGGGUGGCUCCUCUCAUCACUCGGACAGGAAAGCGUCGGCUAGCGGAACGCCAGGCAGACGCCAAGGGCGAGACUCUCCGCCCCUGGGGGAGGACCACGCACAUGUCAAAAAGUACGGCAAAUGGGGCAAGGUCCUCGGCUCGGGUGCGGGGGGCACAGUCCGCCUGAUCAAGCGCUCCAAAGACCACGCUGUCUUUGCUGUCAAAGAAUUCAGGCAGCGCCGACCCGGGGAGAACGAAAAGGAGUACAUCAAAAAGGUUACUGCCGAGUUCUGCAUUGGGUCUACGCUGCACCACGUCAAUAUCAUCGAGACUGUCGACAUCAUUUCCGAUCAUGGGCACUACUACGAAGUCAUGGAGUACGCCCCCUUCGACCUCUUCUCAGUUGUCAUGAGUGGAAAGAUGUGUCGCAAGGAGCUCUACUGCGUCUUCCGCCAGAUCGUCGACGGCGUCGACUACCUGCACAGCAUGGGCCUCGCGCAUCGUGACCUGAAGCUGGACAACUGUGUUAUGACGACCGACAACAUUGUCAAGAUCAUCGACUUUGGCACGGCCACUGUCUUCCACUCGCCCGGCAAGUCCAAGGUCGUCGCGACCGGUGUUGUCGGCUCGGAUCCUUACCUCGCACCAGAGGUACUGAGCCAGCAGACGUACGACCCGCGUCUGACCGACGUGUGGUCUCUCGGUAUCAUCUUCCUCUGCAUGGUCUUGCGCCGCUUCCCCUGGAAGCUGCCGGACCCGCAGCACGACCAGAGCUUCCGGCUGUACGUCCAGUCUCACCCGGAGCUCUGCCGACCGCCGGCAUCGAAUGCCAGCAAGGACGGCAACGAGAACGGAGGGUCGAUCGACACGCGCGAAUCGGCUUCGAGCGCAGGUAGCGGCGCGACAACUUCAUCGUCCCAAGCACAAUCCACGCCUGCCACGUCGGCGCCCAGCAGUCGCAGUCCAUCCGCAGGCGACGGCAACGCCGGCCAGCGAACCGGGGCAAAGGCGCCCUUGUCGCUGACGAAGAUGGACGAUGCGAACGAGGCCGAGUCGAUGGACAGCACGGGCAUCGCCUGGACUGCCACAGGUAGUGCUACGCCCACGAUCCCAACUGCCAAGGAGGCUGGCUACCUCACGCCUCACUACCCCGGCUCGGGAGCACAGACGCCGUCUAUGGGUGACGGAGAAGAUUCAGCAGAGGGACACAUACAAAACAUCACAGGUGGCCUCAUGGUCUCUUCCCCCAUCACGGACCAGCUCUCAAUUCAGCGCCAGCUGUCUGGGGGCACUGCUGUGGCAAUACCAAGCAGGGGAUCAACAGCCGCUGCCGGAGCGAGGGUCGAAAACCAGUCGAUCGACUCGGAAGCGACGUUCAAGUCUGGCGCCGCUGACAGCAUCUUCCGUCUGCUGCCGCGCGAGACGCGCAGCGCCCUGUCGCGCAUGAUGGCCAUCGACCCUGCGCUGCGAUGCACACUCGGCGACCUGCUGCGCGGCAGGCGGUACAGCGAGAUCGACUCGCCGCUCACGCGCACGCCCGUGAUGAGCCGGUCCACCUCUAGCGAUAUGCUGCACAAGGCCAUGACCGGCGCCGUUACCGCUGCUGCUGCCGGGGGGUCCUCCGACAAGCACAGGCAACAAUCGGGCCUGUCACGCCAUCACGACUCGCUGACGCAGCUCUCGCACGCAGAGUUCGAAGACGAUGAUGAUUUCGGCGAUGAGUGGCUCAAGAACAUCCGCACGUGCGCCCACCUGCGGGUCGAAGGGAAAGGCGAGCAUCCGGACCACCCGCAUGUGCAGCCGCAGGUGGAGGAGAACAAGAAGAAGCAUUCGCUCUUCCAUCGAUAAUCGACGGCACGAACCGAUGACACCUUUACCCAUCGAUCGGAGGAAGAGGAAGGCGCCCACUUUCGCCCAAAUUUAACCCGACACACAUCAAACCAGAGUAACGAUGACGACCUCGCUCCCAGCAACCUCA